UGAUCAUUUAGCUAUAUAAAAAUACUAUUUUAAUAAAAAAUACGCUAGUUUAAUUAUUAUUGCCGCACCCACAUCUUCUUUUUAUGAAAGUAGAAAGUUGACUCAUCAGCUCCCCUUCAGUCAACGGAUAAAUGAUUGUUAGUGAGAUGGUUCCAAGUUCCUGGAAAUUUCCAGGAAUACUAUUGUUGGUCCCUCCCUGCAUAUUCUUGAGAACGUCGCAUAUUCUUUCUCAGAUUAGCACAACUCCAAUGGCUUCCCAAAUUCAAUCUGUCAGAAAUUGGAAAUAUGAUGUUUUCCUGAAUUUUAGACCAGAAGACUUGGGCAGAAUCUUUAUUGCCCAUCUUUACAAACGUCUGGAAGACCUAGGAAUUAACGCAUUCAGACCCGACGAUGUCGAGUCUGAAAGAGGCGAAGGAGAACCAAUCUCAACAAAAAUCUUAGAAGCCAUAGAGGAAUCAAGGAUUGCUAUUACCAUCUUUUCCAAGUACUAUGCUUCAUCGAGACGGUGCUUGCAAGAACUCACAAAGAUAAUGGAGUGCGUUGACAACAAGGGAAUGAAAUUCUUCUCUGUCUUCUAUCAAUCAACUGCAUCACAAGUAUUAUGCAACUUUGAUCAAGUACUGUUGGCCCAACUAGGGAUAUAUGGUUUGAAUGGUUCUUACAUGGUGGAGUUCUUGAGGUGGAAGGACAUUCUCUGUAAAGCAUUCAACAUUGCGGGUUUAAAUUGUUGGAACGUUGAAGAAUGUAUUCAGCAAAUUGUUGACAAGAUUUCUCCUUUUCCAAGAAUUGCAAAAUAUCACGUGGGACUCAAAUCUCGUAUAGAGGAAGUAAAAUCGUUGUUGAAUGUUGAAUCUGGCGGUGUUUAUUUUGUCGGGUUAUGGGGGUUGGGUAGUGUAGGGAAGACAACCAUUGCAAGAGGAAUUUUUGAUGAGAUCUCUUGUCAAUUUGAAGGAUCCUGUUUUCUUGCAAAUGUUAGGAGUGUCUUAAAAAAGAGUGGGCUGGAAGUCCUACAACAUUUGCAACAGAAGCUUCUUUCACAGAUCUUGAAGACGCACUCUGUGAAUGUACCAAAUUUUUCCAAAGGAGACAAAAUGACAAGCCAAAUGCUUCGCUUCAAGAAGGUUCUAAUUGUUCUUGAUGAUGUGGAUGAUAGCCACCAACUGGAAUGUUUAGUUGGAAAGAGUGAUUGGUUUGGUGAUGGCACUAGGGUCAUUACAACAACUAGAAACUUCGAUUUACUUAGCAAGCAUGAUGUGCUAUAUCGUGUUCCAGAACUGACUAACCAUGAGGCUUUAGAACUUUUUAGUUGGCACGCCUUUCAACAAGGAACUCCAGUUGAAGGCUUUGAAGAGCUCUCAUGUUGUGUAGUAGAUUAUGCUAAAGGCUUACCCUUAGCUCUAGAGGUCUUGGGUUCUUUUCUCUACAAACAAGGUACAGAAGAGCACAUAAAUGCCUUAUAUAGAGACAAAGAUUUCAGGGAUGGGAAGAUUGUUAGGUUACUCAGCUUAAGUCUAGAUGCAUUGGGCGAUGAAUACAAGAAUAUGUUUCUUCAUAUUGCAUGCUUCCUUAGAGGAAAAAAGAAAGAACAUGUGAUUACUGUACUGGCUAGACUUGGCUUCAAGUCUGUAAAUGGAUUAGAUGUCCUUAAAAGAUCAUUUUUGUAUAUCUCAGAAGGAAAAGUUGAGAUGCAUGAUUCGAUAGCCCAAAUAGGUCAGCAGAUGGCUCGUGAUGCUGAGUGGGUCAAGCCAUGGAAUUGCAGUAGACUAUGGCAUGAAAAAGACAUGGAAAAUGUUUUUUGUGCAAAUCAGAUCUCCAAAACUCUUACUUUUCCUAUGGCUCCCCAAAAUGAAUCGAUUCAAAAAUGGAAAUAUGAUGCCUUUCUGAGUUUUAGAGGAGAUGAUACGCGCAAUAACUUUGUUGCCCAUCUUUAUAAACGUCUGGAAGACAUAGGAAUCAACAUAUUCAAAGAUGAUGUGAAACUUGAAAGAGGAAAGUUCAUUUCAACAGAACUCUUGAAAGCUAUUGAGGAAUCAAGAACUGCCAUUAUUAUCUUCUCAGAGGACUAUGCUUCAUCCACCUGGUGCUUGGAGGAACUUACAAUGAUCAUGGAGUGUGUUGACAAGAAGGAACAAAAAGCAUAUCCUGUCUUCUAUAACGUCGAUCCAUCAGAUAUACGCAUGAAAGCUCUCUGUGAAGGAGAGGGAAGCAGCUUUGCUAAAGCGUUGGAAAAACACGUGGAAGAUUUCAACGCUAAUUCUGAGAAGUUGGUAACCAAACAUAAGGCAGAUUUCAAGUGUGGUUGGCAGAAGGUGGCCCACAAAACUGAUCUUGCUCUUGGAGAACAAGACAAGAAAAAUCUCAAGGAUCAUUUGGAGAAGGUGCAGCGAUGGAAGGUUGCUCUACAUAGAGCUGCUGGAAUAGCAGGACUCGAUAUUCGUAAAACUGCUAAUGGGAAUGAAGCUGAAUCUAUUGACAAGAUUAUAAAUGAUAACUUCCGAAAUAUGCACCACACUGUUUCAGCCACUGAAAAAUAUCUAGUGGGAAUUGAAUCUCGUAUGGGUGAAAUAGAAUCAUUACUGAAAUUUCGAUCAGGUGAUGUCUGUUUUGUUGGAAUAUGGGGGAUUGGAGGCAUCGGGAAGACAACUGUUGCAAGAAAAUAUUUUGACAAGGUUUCUCAUCAAUUUCAAGGGUCUUGUUUUCUUGCGAAUAUUAGAGAAGAAUCAAAGAAGUAUGGGCUGAUGUACUUGCAAAAGACACUUCUUUCGAGACUCUUAAAAGAAAAAUCAAUGAAUAUAUCAAGUUUUUAUGAGGGAGCCGAUAUGAUAAAAAGAAGGCUUUGCCACAGGAAAGUUUUAAUUGUUUUUGAUGAUGUCAAUGAGGAACAGCAAUUAGAAUAUUUAGUUGGAAAUCACGACUGGUUUGGUGAUGGCAGCAAAAUCAUUACAACAACUAGAAACCAAGAUUUACUACGUUGUCAUGACCAACUAUAUUCUGUUCCUGAAUUGGCUAAAGAUGAGGCUGUUGAAGUUUUUAGUUGGCACGCUUUUCAGAAACAGACUCCUGAUAAAGAGUUUUUGAAACUCUCCAAGUCUGUAGUAGAUUAUGCUAAAGGCUUACCAUUAGCUCUUAAGGUCUUGGGUUCUUUUCUUUACAAGCGAGGCAUAACUGAGUGGAGAAGUGCAUUAGAUAGACUCAGAGAUACUGGAUAUGAAAAAAUUGUUAAGCAGCUCAGUUUAAGUCUAGAUGGAUUGAACCAUGAAGAAAAGAAUAUAUUCCUUGAUAUUGCAUGCUUCUUUAGAGGAAGAAAGAGAGAUGAUGUGAUAACAAUACUAAACAGUUUUGGCUUCCGAUCAGAGAUUGGAAUACAUGUCCUCAUCCAAAAAUCACUCUUAUAUAUUUCUGAAGGAAUGGUUGAGAUGCAUGAUUUGAUAGAACAAAUGGGUCAGCAAGCAGCGCGCAAUGUUGAUCAGGACAGGCCAUGGAAUCACAGUAGACUAUGGAAUGAACAAGAUAUAAAAACUGUUUUUUCUGCAAAUCAGAGGACAGAUUCUAUUAAAGGCGUAAUGGUGCCAAUUGGCUCAGACCGUCAUAUAUGCAAGUGGAGCAAAUCUUUCAGCAAAAUGCCGUGUCUUAGGUUACUCAUUGUCAAAGGGGAGGAGGUCCGACACCACGACCCUAUUUGUGACCCUAUUAAGUAUCUUCCCAGUAACUUGAAAUGGCUUGAUUGGUCAUACUACAGUUUUCCAUCUUUACCAGCAGAUUUUGAACCAGGAAACCUUGUUGGGCUCAACAUGACUUUUAGUUCUCUUGUGGAAAUCUUCAAGGAAUCAAAGGCAUUUGACAACUUGACGAUCCUCAAUUUAAGUUUUUCAGGAAGUUUACUCCGAACACCCAAUUUUUGUGAGACUCCAAACCUGCAGAGGAUUAUACUGAAAAGUUGUGUACGCUUGGUUGAAAUUCAUCCAUCCAUUGGAAAUCUGAAAAAACUCAUCUUUUUGAAUAUGGAGAACUGCAAUAAUCUGAAGUGUUUACCAAGAAAUAUUCAAAUGGAAUCUCUUGAAGGCUUCAACCUCUCAGGUUGUGAGAAAUUAGAGAAUUUUCCAGAAAUUCGAGGGAAUAUGGAGUUGCUCUCGGAGCUUCUUCUGGCACGUACUGCAAUUUGGGAAUUUUCCUCAUCAAUAGGGCAGCUUAGUGGUAUCAGCUUGCUUGAUUUGCGUUCAUGUGAAAACCUUGUAAGACUCCCUGCCAGUGUCUCUGAGAUGGGAAAACUGAAAAUUUUGAUUCUGAAAGGCUGCUCAAGACUUGCAAUUUUACCUGAAAAUCUAGGUGAUCUAAACCAGUUGGAGGAGCUUUAUGCUGGCAACACUGCCAUUUGGAAACUACCAGAUUCUAUUGGAAACUUAAGUAAACUCAAGAUCCUAUCAUUAAGAAAAGGGCGGAAGGUAAAGCGUCAAUCUGCUCGCAGUUUGAUAUUAGUACCCUGGGUGUUUCAUGGAUUGAGGGAGUUGAAGAGCUUAAAUCUCAGUGGAUGUAAUUUAUGCGAUAACCAAGUUGCUGCUCUUCAGAACUUAACUUCUUUAUUGGAACUGAAUCUGAGCAGAAAUGAGUUUAUUUAUUUACCUAAUAUCUUCAGUCAACUUUCUCACCUUCGCUAUCUCAAUAUAACACACUGUCAGAAACUUAAGGAACUCCCCAAACUUCCUCCGAGUAUAGAGGAAUUAUAUGUAGAAGAUUUUUUGGCAAAAGAAUGUAUUGCGAAGCUACGAAUGUAUCCAAGGUUGAAUUUGGUCUCAUUCACCAAUUAUAGUUUUGAUCAACAAUCUUAUACAGAGGACAGCAAUGGUAGCUCCUUUUCGGAUGAGAUUCUGAGUUUGCUUCUAUCAAACAAUAUGGAUGAUGUGAUCCACCCCUCUCUUAACUAUGAUCAUAGAGUGACUUGUUCCAUUGUCUUUCCUGAACGUGCAAUUCCCAUGUGGUUUAAGCAUCAGAUUGUUGAUGAAAAGAUCUUGUUCAAACUGCCCAUUAAUUGGUAUAAUGAUAAGUUCAAAGGCUUUGCUAUAUGCUGUGUGACUCUCAUGGGGGCAGGUGUCUGUCGUGCUGAUGCAAUGCUAUCUGAAAAGUAUGACUAUACUUUCAUCAAAGCCAAAUUGCUAUGCAGUGAUCAUUUGAAAGACCUUAGAGUGAUAGAAAAAGAAUGUAAAGUGGGCACAGCAUCUAGAACGUAUGGCUGGUGUGUUUGCUUUGCCUACAUUCCAUUGUAUUCUUCACUGCAGGUGUCCGGCACAUAUGUUGGAGACAUUAACCGGUAUAGCCUAUUUGAGGCAUCUAUCAACGGUUGCAUUGCUAGACAGUGGGGAGUUCAUUUGAUCUAUGAGGAUGAGUGAAUAUUUUCAAAGCGCAGACUGAGAAGGAUUGCUCUGAGUCGACAGAAGCUGAAAAGAGGCCAAAUUAGCUCUAUAUGCUGGGAUAUUGAGGGCAUUACCAAGAAAAAGUUUUAGCAUCCAUGGAUAUUUGGAAUAUGUUUUUCUCUCUUGUCUAUCUUGGGUCGUACCUAAGAACAUCAAGGACGCCGAUGAAAGUUGGAGCUUGUGGAAAGUUGAUAAAACCAUCAGGAAGAUCUGGAGGACAAUACCAGCCAGCAUUAUUUGGUGUAUUUGGACAGAAAAUAAACAAGAUGCUUUGUUGGGGUGAUAUAUGGCUUAUUCACAGUUCUUUUGGAAAUCCAGUGAGAAGAUGGUCGAGUUCUUGCAGAGGUCAGUUGGAAUCACACAUAGAAACCAUGCUAAGAGUAUCGCCACGUUUAUGAAGAAGGGUGUGGAUGGAAGAGUUGAAUAAUAAAGACUUGGAUGCUGGUGUGAAGUCAUCCCAAAAAGAGAAGAAUUAUGUUUUAUGUUGAAGGGAAUAUUAGUGUCCGGAAAACAACUUUUCUGCAGAGAAUAGCUAAGGAGACACAUAAGUUGCAAGAUCUUGUUGAAAUAGUUCCUGAGUCUAUUGUCAAGUGGCAGGGUAUUGAGUCAGAUCACUUUAACGUAUUAGACUCAUUUAUGCUGAUCCACAGAAAUAUGCUUACACUUUACAAAACUAUGUUUUUGUUACAAGAGUUACGCAGGAGAGAGAAUCAUUUGGUGGUAUAAUUUAUGAAGCAAACUGGAUGAACAAUUUGGAGAUCGGCAUUUAUGACUCAUGGUUUUCGAGUUUCCAUGGACUGAUUCCUGAUGGUUUUAUUUACCUUAGAGCGAGCCCUCAUACUUGUCAGAGGAGAACGUUGUUGCGGAAGAGAGCAGAGGAAGGUUGAAUCUCUUCUGGAAUAUUUGCAUGUCUCGAAUGAAAAAUAUGAGAGCUGUCUUUUCCCAUUUAGAAGUGGAAAUCGUGGGGUAUUAUCUGUUGGUAAGCUACCCAGGAACUUCGACGAGUCUGUAACUCCCUUGAACAAGGGACCGCCUCUUCAAUUUGGAGGAAAAUCAUAUGCACCCAUGCCUCUAGGAGGUACUUUUCUUGUAUUUAAUUUCAUUCAGUGUAUGUGUAUUGCCGUUUAUCUUUUACUUUCAAUGGUGAUCUAGGAGGUACUUUUCUUGUAUUUAACUUCAUUCAGUGUAUGUGUAUUGCCGUUUAUCUUUUACUUUCAAUGGUGAUCUGGGUUCCUGCUUUGGUUCUUGAUUGUGAACCCAACAUCGACUUUAACAGAGACAUUGUAUUCAAGAGGCAGUAUGUCAACUUUCCUUCAUCAAUCGCAAAUAUUUAUCUAGUUUUGCUCAA